AAGCUCUGCAUCCCCGAAGUGAAUUUACAGUCAUGGAUUUAGCCCUAGCCUUAAGCCCCCCACGGUGGGGAGACCCACAGGUGCAGCUUUCAUGUCCUUUCCCGGUGCAGACGUUUGUGGGGUCAGAGCUCCUCAUGCCCUAUGAUGGCGGUGGCCUCUGCAGACAUAGAUGUAUACCUGUCCUAGGAGUGUUUGAGGGGACUGUGUCCUAUGGGAAGAAAAAUGACACUCAGUGUCUUGAACCACAGGAUAGAGUCUCCUCAAAUCCAAAUGCUACCAGCUCCAGUUCCAGGGAUCCAGAGAGCUUGCAAAGGACCAUCGUGGAGGCAUAUUUCCCCGAGAAUCGAUCUGUUCAGCCCACAGUGGAGUCUUCCACCUUGCCAGCAACCAACUCACCCACCGACUCACCAACAACCAACUCAGUAACCAACUCUCCAACCAACACAACAACCGACUCAGCCACGAGGAUAACAGCUAGUACCUCCGAUGAACUCAGCACCCGGCCCUUCACCCAACCCACCCACCCAAUAACCCAGCUCCCCACAGAUUCUCCUACCCAGCCCACUGCGGAGCCCUUCUGCCCGGGGCCCGUCACUGCCUGCUCUGAUCUGGAGAGUCAUUCAGCGGAGGCCAUGUUGGGGGAGGCUUUGAUAGAUUUCUCCCUGAAGCUCUACCAUGCCUUCUCAGAAACAAAGAAGGCCGAGACCAACAUGGCCUUUUCCCCAUUCAGCAUUGCCAGCCUUCUCACCCAGGUCUUGCUUGGGGCCGGGGGCAGCUCCCGAACGAGCCUGGAGACCGUCCUCUCCUACCCCAAGGACUUCGCCUGUGUCCACCAAGCCCUGAAGGCCUUCACAUCCAAAGGCAUCACCUCAGUCUCCCAGAUCUUCCACAGCCCAGACCUGGCCAUAAAGGACACCUUUGUGAACGCCUCUCAGAGCCUGUAUGGCAGCAGCCCCAGAGUCCUGGGCAUCGACAGCAAUACCAACUUGGAGCUCAUCAACACUUGGGUAGCCGAGAACACCAACCACAAGAUCAGCCAGCUGCUGGACAGCCUGCCAUCUGACACCCGCCUCGUCCUCCUCAAUGCCAUCUACCUGAGUGCCAAGUGGAAGACGACCUUCAAUCCCAAAAAAACCAGCCUGGAGCUCUUUUACCUCAAAAACUCUGUUAUAAAAGUGCCCAUGAUGACUAGCAAGAAGUACCCUGUGGCCCAUUUCAUUGACCCAACCCUGAAGGCCAAGGUAGGGCAGCUGCAGCUCUCUCACAACCUGAGUUUGGUGCUCCUGGUGCCCCAGAACGUGAAACAUCGUCUUGAAGACCUGGAACUGGCUCUCAGCCCUUCUGUCUUAAAGGCCGUCCUGAGGAAGCUGGAGCUGUCCAAGUUCCAGCCCACCUUUCUAAAUUUGCCCCGAAUCAAAGUGAAGACCAGCCAGGACAUGCUGACAGUCAUGGAGAAACUCGAAUUCUUUGACUUUUCCUACGACCUCAACCUGUGUGGGCUGACAGAGGACCCGGAUCUCCAGGUUUCGGCGAUGCAGCACCAGACCGUGUUGGAGCUGACGGAGUCUGGGGUGGAGGCUGCUGCGGCCACUGCCGUGUCCGUGGCCCGCACCUUGCAGAUCUUUGAAGUGCAACAGCCCUUCCUCUUCCUGCUCUGGGACCAGAAGCACAAGUUCCCUGUCUUCAUGGGGCGAGUGUAUGACCCCAGGGCCUGA